AUGCAGACGGACCAGGAAACGAGCCCACGGCUGCCUCGACUUGGAACAUGGGCAGGUCUUGGCGGCGUUUAUACAGUUUGCAAGCAAACGAAUGCUUUAAGGCGCAGACAGAUAAAGCUCAAUCAAGAGCAUUUGUCUUUGAAAUACACGGCUCGGGACAUGUGUUUUCCUGCCAGACAUAUAGUUGGAUUAUCUGAUGAUGUGGCUUUGAAGAACUUCGCCAAAUAUUUUCUCCACCAAUCUCAUGAGGAGAGGGAACAUGCUGAGAAAUUGAUGAAGCUGAAGAACCAACGAGGUGGCCGAAUCUUCCUUCAGGAUAUCAAGAAACCAGACUGUGAUGAUUGGGAGAAUGGGCUGAAUGCAAUGGAGUGUGCAUUACACUUGGAAAAGAGUGUGAAUCAGUCACUACUGGAACUGCACAAACUGGCCACUGAUAAAAAUGACCUCCAUUUGUGUGACUUCAUUGAGACUCAUUACCUGAAUGAGCAGGUGAAAUCCAUCAAAGAAUUGGGUGACCACGUAACCAACCUGUGCAAGAUGGGGGCCCCCGAAUCUGGCAUGGCAGAGUAUCUCUUUGACAAGCACACCUUGGGAAACAGUGAUAGUGAGAGCUACGCCUUAGGCUGUCUACCCAGAGCCACCUGGUCCCUGAGGCCAUGCAUGCAUGUUGGGAUUACCUUACCUUUUCUAUAAGUUGUACCAAAACAC